AUGAAUGCUCCCCAAUCGCUCUGCCCAGGCUACAAGCACGUAGAAGCUUUCGGUCCUGACGAAGAGUACGAAGAAGAAGAGGAAGUCUGCUAUGUAACUCUCGACGUGGGUAAUGUCGAACCGAAGCUUGUGCCGAGCUCGACAGCGUACCGUCUGAUAGGACUUGACACACCAACGCCGUUCCUCCAACUGCAAGGAACGAUUCUCCAGGGUCGACACGACCUGCUACUGGGCACCGAGCUUCUCUUCACAGACGACAAAGACACCCACGGAAGCAAACGUUCCGUAACCCACGUCGGCACCACCGAGCAACGCAUCGCCUUCCAAGAAGUUACUGUUACCCCCAAGAAAUCGCCGGGACCAGAAAUCACCGUUGACUUCGAGCCUCCGCCGCCUGAAGACCUCGAACAGAAGAUCGACCGUAUGACAGGCCUAAAUGCCCCGCCAACGAGGGGAGCGAGGAAGAAGAAGACGGGGCCAAAUGCGAAGGGGAAGGAGAAGGCUACGCCAGGCAAGUCAACGAGGGGAAGAAAGGCAAAGGGCAAAGGGAAGGAGAAAGAGAAGGAGCCGACUCCUCCUCCUCCUCCUCCUCCUCCUCCGCCACCGCCGCAUCCGGAAGGCAUCCGGAUGGACGAAGACGCACUUGGAGGUGAUGACGACGACGACAUGUAUGUGGAUGAGCCCCAAUCAUAA